AUGGUUUCCGGUGAUAUUGCUCGCACUGUGGUUGGUAUUAUAGGAAACGUCAUUGCACUCAUCUUGUUCUUAUCACCGGUGCCAACGUUUGUCCGGAUAUGCAAGAAGAAAUCAGUGGAGCAGUACUCGGCAGUGCCGUACCUAGCAACAUUUAUCAACUGCGCUUUAUGGGUGUUGUACGGGCUGCCCAUGGUGCACCCAAACAGCACCCUAGUGGUCACCAUUAACGGCACCGGAUUUGUGAUCGAGGUGGUGUUCUUGCUUCUCUUCAUCGCCUACUCCGACCCGAAGAAGAGGCUCAAGGUGGUGGUGAUAGUGGUGGUGGAGUCCUUGUCCGUGGCGGUUCUGGCCCUCCUCGUUCUUACUUUGGCCCAUACUACCAAGCUCCGGUCUGCAAUUGUGGGCAGUAUUUGCAUGGCCGGCAACAUCAUGAUGUAUGCUUCUCCAUUAGCCGUCAUGAAACUGGUGAUCACCACAAAGAGCGUGGAGUUCAUGCCUUUUUUCCUGUCUCUGGCUUCAUUCGCCAAUGGGAUUAGCUGGACGGCAUAUGCCCUCAUCCGUUUUGAUCCCUUCAUUGCAGCUCCUAAUGGGAUGGGAUCACUACUUGGGCUGGCCCAGUUAAUACUCUACGCAACCUUCUACAAAUCAACAAAGAGACAGCUUGCUGAAAGGAAAGCUAAAGGAGAAGUGGGCUUGACAGAGAAGGCCGCUAAUGGACACACCAAAAGUACAACCAUUGUUGCUAUUGAUGGUUCACGUCCUUCUGAGUCUGAGGCUCUAGAUGUUUGA